AUAAGCGCAUCCUGAGUGCUGCAACUCCUCCUUCUGCCCCCAAUCUCUUAUUCCUCCUCAUCACACUCACAGUCGCGGCUGUUUGAUUUUGCUUUUAAUUCCUCUACAGAAAAGAAGAGAUAAAUGGCGGGGCUCGUACCUCCUGGUACUACGACGAUUCCAGCCGACGCAUCCAAAGCGGCGCAUACCAAAGCUGAGGAGAAAACCGAUUACAUGAAUCUCCCAUGCCCUAUUCCUUUUGAAGAGCUCCACCGUGAAGCUCUCAUGUCUCUGAAGCCAGAAACUUUUGAAGGAUUGCGAUUUGAUUUUACCAAAGGACUAAAUCAGAAAUUCUCACUCAGUCACAGUGUGUUUAUGGGCCCAACAGAACUUCCUUCUCAAUCUGCUGAAACCAUUAAAAUUCCUACUGCACACUAUGAAUUUGGUGCCAACUUCAUUGACCCGAAUUUGAUGCUUAUUGGGAGGAUGCUGACUGAUGGUAGACUCAAUGCAAGAGUGAAAUGGGAUUUGACAGACAAUCUUAGUGUGAAGGCUAAUGCUCAGCUCACAAAUGAGCCUCAUAUGUCACAUGGCAUGGUCAACUUUGAUUACAAGGGUAAAGACUACAGGUCUCAGCUUCAAAUUGGUAAUGGUAGUUUAUUUGGAGCUAGUUAUAUCCAGAGUGUGACACCACAUUUAUCUUUAGCUGGUGAAAUAUUUUGGACUGGUCAGCACCUAAAGUCAGGCAUUGGUUAUGCUGCCCGAUAUGAAACAGAUAAGAUGGUUGCAGCAGGGCAAGUUGCAAGUACUGGAAUGGUUGCUUUGAGCUAUGUUCAGAAGGUAUCUGAGAAGGUUUCUCUCGCAUCAGAUUUCAUGUAUAACUACAUGAUAGGAGAUGUAACAGCAAGUGUCGGCUAUGAUUACAUCCUUAGACAGUGUCGCUUGAGGGGGAAGAUUGAUUCAAAUGGAUGCACAGCUGCUUAUCUGGAAGAGCGGUUAAAUAUGGGCCUAAAUUUUAUUCUCUCAGCAGAGAUAGAUCAUAAGAAGAAAGACUACAAAUUUGGAUUUGGAUUGACUGUAGGGUGAUUAGAUCACCGCAUGAAAACAGUUUGAAGAAGGUUCUUGGGUCACCAUUUAGCAUAUUGUUGAAGAUUAAAGAAUUGAAUUUGUACUUGAAAAGGAUGUUUAUUGGCUGUUCAGCAGGAGCUGUUGGAGCAAUUUUAACGGUUGUUGGUGUCAAUUUGGCAGGUUUAAGUUCAACACUUUUCUUUUUCACUUUUAGAGCUGUAGCCUUUGUUAAAUUAAUGCCAUUUGAGAUGUUUAUCACUUUAUUCGUAGUUGAUUGGCUUCACCAAACAGCUCCAUGGACCAUGCUUGCCUUGCCUGGUUCAGACUUGAGAGGAUGGUCUCUUUUACGAUUAGAAAUUUCUUUUUAUUUUUAUUUUUAAAUUUUGGAAUAUGAAAUUCCCUUGUCAAGAAAUAAAUUAAGCAAGCUAUAAUAUUGAAGAUAUUUUGUGUAUUUGUAUUAUAUUUGUCUUUUAUUUAA